AUGAAGCCAACGCAUGGUCUCUCACGUGUACGCGCCAUCAGUCAUAACGCGCUUGUGGCCUUCCCACCAUGCGGUCCAAGCGUUAGCUCCGGACUCCAGUUGGUGGCCUUGAAGCAGCGUCGAUGGCAGUCCUCCGCACGCUCCCGCGGCACGACGUCCGCUUUCAAGUCUCGCGAGUCGAAGGACGGGCAACCGAUCAGGGAAAUUGCAUGGACUCCUCUAUCCAGCCCAUCUGAUCGGAAAUUGAGUACUGUCGACCUGGAUGGAUUCGACAAAGAAGAGUACUACAGGCACUAUCUUCGUAGCCGUCCAAGGAGAUCUACUGCGAUCAAAAGUCCAGGGGCAUGGCUUCAGAAGAUCGACCGCGAUGCUUGCCAGAAACUGCCUGCUCCGUUCCGCGAGCGGCCUUUGGACUUCUUCUCUACCAAAUCUCGAGAUUUCGAGAUGGCACAGAGGUGUCUCGAGGCGCAUCUGGUCAAAAGUCUCGAUCGCGACAAGGAAGAAUUGCGGAUGGAGUACCUCGAACAGCGUCCUGGCCAUGCUGCUCUAUCUUGGCUUCUGGAUGACUACGACGGUUCGGAUCUGAGCUUGACUGUUUGCUAUCCCUUUUUGAACUGCAUGGUUCACUGUCUGGUCGCAGAAGGGGGUUCCCAGCUCAUACUGGAGUGGCUACGAAUUGCGUACACGCCCGCCGUGAUGUUUCCGCAUUCGCUCGACGAGCGGGUAUUGUGGCGAGGAGCAGUACUCCGUUUUCUCGUGGAGGCGGAAGCCUUCUGGGCAACAGCCGACGGCGGAAUCAACCUCUCCCUUGCGACCUUCGAGUACAUUUGUCGCCAUUUUGAGCCCCUUCGCGAUGAACACCAACGGCAUGAUCCCCUCGUGAUCCAUAAGGCGGCCGCUGGGAUCUGGAUCCAGAAACAACUGGUGUUGCGAGGCGCGAGCUCGACGGCUAAUCCUAAGCUGUAUGAUGGCUUCAUCGACGUCCUACGGUGCUGGAACAAACACCGCGAAAGCCACGACUUCGUGCGUGCAGAGCUUUUGCGCGAGCACCCUUCACGCCCUAGCGGACUACCAGCAUUCCAGUACCUCAAGCGCUACCUGAGUUUUGAACCCCGGCCCGAAUUUCUACGAGAUUUACUAGACGAAAGCAAGCCGGGAUUCGGCUUCCUGCUCAAGACCGCAAGGGCGCUUGAUCGAGAGGGACAUAAGUCCAAGGCACGUUGGGUCCUCGACGUUGGCCGGAAAGAGAUGCCGCACAACUUCACAAUACGAGGUAGAGCCCUUCAGCGACCUGAUCAUCCCGAGGAUGUUUUCGGCCGCGAAGCACGAGCACGAGCUAGACCAGGAAAGCAGCCGCCCGUGUUCGACGAAAAGUGGGACCAACGUUCCGCAUACGUCCGAUAUAGGCAGCCGCAGUGA